AUGCGUGGGGCAGCGGGAUAGCGCGGGGUGUCGCUCGCACCUUCCGCGGGCCGCUCCGCCCCGCUUCGGCUGGAGCUGCAGCCGCAGGGUAAGGCGACCCGGGCAGUGAGCGGGCUGUGAGGGACUCUUCUGCAAUGACUACAGCAAGAUAUAGGCCUACGUGGGACUUGGUACUUGACCCAUUAGUGUCCUGCAAGCUCUGCCUUGGUGAAUAUCCUGUGGAGCAGAUGACAACAAUAGCACAAUGCCAAUGCAUCUUCUGUACCCUGUGCCUAAAACAGUAUGUGGAGCUUUUGAUCAAAGAAGGUCUAGAAACAGCAAUCAGUUGCCCUGAUGCUGCCUGCCCAAAGCGAGGUCAUCUGCAAGAAAAUGAGAUUGAGUGCAUGGUUGCAUCAGAAAUCAUGCAAAGGUAUAAGAAGCUGCAGUUUGAAAGAGAAGUGCUUUUGGAUCCGUGUCGGACUUGGUGUCCAUCCUCUACUUGCCAGGCAGUUUGCCAGCUCCAGGAAUCAAGCCCACAGGACCCCCAGCUGGUCCAGUGCAAAGCCUGCGACAUUGAGUUCUGCUCUGCUUGCAGAUCUAAUUGGCAUCCAGGUCAAGGCUGUCAAGAGAACAUGCCAAUCUCUUUUCUUCCGGGAGAAACAAGUUCAGUUUUUAAAAUGGAAGAAGAUGAUGCCCCAAUCAAACGCUGUCCAAAGUGUAAAGUUUACAUUGAACGAGAUGAAGGCUGUGCCCAAAUGAUGUGUAAGAACUGCAAACAUGCUUUUUGCUGGUACUGCCUGGAAUCUCUUGAUGAUGAUUUUCUCCUUAUACAUUAUGACAAAGGACCUUGUCGAAACAAGCUGGGCCACUCCAGGGCAUCAGUUAUUUGGCACAGAACGCAGGUGGUAGGAAUUUUUGCAGGAUUUGGUCUUCUACUUUUGGUGGCCUCCCCUUUCCUUCUCCUUGCUACACCAUUUGUUCUGUGCUGCAAGUGCAAAUGUAAUAAAGGAGAUGAUGACCCUCUACCUACCUAGACUGAGAAGACUGGACUCAUCACAACAUGUGUUUUGAUCUUAUUGUUGCUGUUGAUGUUUCCCUCUUGCACUUAUAUUUCUGUAGCCUUACUUGCCCCAUUCUGCUUUUCAUUGACACAUAGUCUUGGUUCCAGGAACUGUUGUUACUACUGUUGCAUAGAUCAAUCAAUAAUAGACAAGGAGGAUAAUGGAAGGCAAAAUUGGUGCUAAAGGGAGACCAUGGACCUGGGUAGUUAUCUGAAAUUAAGAGGUAAUAAUGCUAAAAAUAAUGCAAAAAGUUUCUGCUGCCCUGUGGUGGACUGGGAAAUGUACUGAAUGGUAUCAGCAAAACAAGCUGAAAAUGCAUACAAAUCUAACUUUCUGCAUAUCUGUUCGCUUCCGAAUUUGGUGUCUUAUUCCUGUAUAUAUUUAAGUUGCCGAUCAUGUAAAUCAGUCAACUUAUUGUGACUUUUACUAUGUUUACUACACAUCUGUUUUUGUUAAAGCCAUGACAAUGUCCUUUUUAGUACCUAUUUUUUCAAGUAUAACAAAAUCAGUAAGGUGCAUAUAGGCCAUCCUAUGCCUUUCUUCAAAUUUGGGGAGGGUUAGAAGGACAAGGUUGGUCCUGUUGCCUUCCAGAAAUUUUAUGAAGUCUUAUAAGAAAUUUGUUAGAUUGAAAGCUACAUUUUAAAAAUGAAUUGAUGAAGCAGUAAGGUUGAGUGGUGACACAAACCUACUGUCUAAUCACAGUUCUUUUAAAAAUGCAUUGAUGGUAUUGAUUACCGCUGGACCACUAGCGUUUUUCUGAACUGUUAUUUUUUGCUGUUGUUUAGGGUUCUGCUACACUUAUAGGGCUACAUAACUUCUAAUCCAGGUAUCUUAAUCUUUUUAUAUAGAGAGAGAUAUAUAUAUAAUCCUAUUUAAACCAAAUGUGUAAAUAGCUGUGCUAUUGAAAUAUUUUGGAAGUUCAAGAUAGCUUGCUUCUGUCUUUAGGGUAAUUAUUAAAAAAAUACAGGACUAACUUUACUAUUUAGACUCUUGGCUUAUCAAUGAACCUUUCUUUUUAAGUAUAAAAAUGUAGCAGGGUUGUCCCUGUAGUUAAUAAUAAAAAUGCCUGGGAUGUUUGUGGGAGUUGUACUUUUCCCUUUAAACUAUUUAGCCCGUUUUCAGAGUUAACAUUGUAUGAUGUAUGGUGUGUGCCGUUAAUAACAGUACUGUGAUGAAACAGUUUUUAUUUGAAAAGUAAUCACUUGAUUUGAUAGUUUUGCAGCAUUCUCAGUGCUGUGUUUCCAGGGUGGUAAAGUGUGCUAGUCAGCAUCAUAUUAAUCAUCAUUGUUUCUCUUUAGAAAUAUUUUGUUGAAAACCAUUUUUGUCUGAUUUCAAAAGCCUACAAGGAUUUGACUAAUAACUUCUUGCCAUGAAAUAUGAAGCACCUGAAUGUGUAUGUCUGUGUGUAGUACUGAAGGAAAACAUUCUUCUGAAUGGCUCAUGGACUGAAGUUUGACUGUGUAUUUUUCAUCAUUAUUUAUUUCUGUGCAUUAUUGAUGUACUGAGAUGGAUAAAUAGCCACGAUAAAUUUGCACUGAAAAUAUAUUAAGGCCCUUAAAUGCAACUGCUGAUGGCUGCUGCCACAGGCUGGGAAUAUGUUUUCACAUCUUAAGGAAAUGACUCCUUUCUUUAUUAUCUUCUGUUUUGUACUGUCUGUCCGUUAAAUAAAAAGACUGCAGGGUACAGUUUUGGAAAGGGCCACUGUCUUUUUAUAAAGCUACUCUAGAAUUUCUUCUCCUCCCCCUUCUGGCAAGUUUAAUAGUAUCCAAAUUCAGACUGUAUCUAACCACAGAUUUUAGCUCCAGGAGCUGAAGGUUAUCUGCAGAUUACUCCUUUGGCUUGAUUUUAAUGACUGAAGAAAAAGGAUAGCUGGUUUCCAGCAAGUCUGAACUCCUUGUGAUAUCUUCAGAUUGUUCAUGGCAAUGCACAGUUCAGACCUUCUGUUAUCAGGAUGUUUUUAGGAUUUUAGCUAUCUUUGUUAUUAAAAAUUGCUCAGUUGCUCAAAAUAUGUGUAGGAGGUCUGGGUAGUGCAUUCUAUCUCUGUUUGGCAGCCCCAAAGGAGUGUGUGACGCACUGCUGAGGUCAGUGGGCAGUAAAGUGGUUAUCUGACUCUGGCAGCACCUCAGUACAUGCUCCAGAGAUACCCUAAGCCGAGCACCUGGGUUGUCCUGAGUCAUAGCGUCAAUGUGCAGAAACAAUGGAAACCCUUCUGCGAAGGACAGCUUCCUGCAGGUAAGCUUCAACUAUGGCCUUUCAGCCUUGGCCCUGUAAUUCUGUUUAACUGGAGAAAAACAAAAUAGACAACAGGACAUAAAAAUUUCAUGGGUUGUUGGUUUUCUAAUUGGGAGCACCGAGGGAUUUGCCUGUAUGUGGCAGUGGUUCUAAUGACUGCUUCUACUACUGGGAUGAUAGUAAACCGCAGAGGCACAGUGGCCUGUUAGCUGUACUGGAGUGUCCUGGUAUGAGGUUUAUUUUCUCUUUGCCUUUCUUAGAGACAGCCUUUAUAUAGCAAUACAGCAAAACUUGAGUUUUCCAUGGUACUGUGUGGCCAGUUAAUAAUCAAUGUCAAAAUUAAUGCAUUUCUAGAUUUAAAAAAGAAGAAAAAAAAAAGGCCUUUAUAAAUACAGACUUUUUAAAUAACAGUUUAUAAUCAGUGCUCACAGGUAACAUAUAUAAUCAGAAAACUAUGUAAUUCUGUCAGUAUAUCUCUGUCUCUGAGCUUAACAUACUUGAAUUGCUACUGGAGAUUUUUAUGACAUAUCACUUGUUUCACACCCUGGCUGUUGGGAUAGACUAUAUGCCUACAUAUAUGUACCAAAUACCUAAUAAUUUCAGGUUUGCUAAAUGUCAUUCCAUCUGUAUUCUUCUCGGGGAUUUUAUUUUGUUAUGUUACUUUUGUAAUGCUGAUUUGUUUCCAAAGUAGCAACUUCUGGUGAUGAUGUAUUGAGUUCAGGGUGGUUUUAUGUUGCAGCUUAUGUUGAUAGUGUGGCAUUUAAUACCCUGAAACUGAACUGUAAAUACUUAAACUCUGACAUUUAAACCCCUGCCAUGGAAAAGCAAAUAUAUGUCUCUGCUGCUUUUCACAUGAAAUUCUGUUGCAUCAGCUUUGGCUUUUUAGAUUUUCACUGGAAAAAUAAGAUUCACUGCAUGAUUCUGUUGCAGUUUUAUGGUUAAACUGUUAUUUAGGUUUUUUGCAUUUCUUAAAUGUUGUUUUUAAUGGAGUUUGUAACAGUACAUCGUUUGCAUGUUCUGUUGGGGUGAAGCAGUGUCAUAUCUGGUGCGCAAGUGUGGAGUCCAGGCUCCAGAGUUGCCUUUCAUUAGCUGGGCUGAAGUCAGACCUGAGAGAGAUCAGUAGCGCAGCCUGCACAAACUUCAGCAGCCGUAGCAUUGAGUUUUGCCCAUGUGAUAUUGGACAAGUCACUUAUCUCCUUUUACCUCAGUUUAACCAUCUUUUAAAUUGAUGGGCCAGUGUUUGCUUAUCUCACAGGAAGGCUGUGAGGGCAAAUUCAUUGGUUUUUGAGUCUCUUCAAGAUUCUGUGAUGAAAGUUUAUAUAUAAAUUCUUACAGCAGUUUUAUGUUAAUAUUUCAAUUUUAUUCAUGUUGGCAUUCAUCCUGAAACCUCCUACUACUGACUUCAGCAUGCCAAGAGUUUAGGAUGCUUUCCCCCACAUACCAAGCAGCGUGAUCUUUCCUCAAAUACUCUGGCUUAUGAAUUAGGCAAAAUCCCAAAUAAGAGCUGACUGGAUCAACUUUCAUCAUACUGUUGAUCUUCUGACAUGCAGGAAACACAAUCAGAAGUAGUGAAAAGCUCUCUUGUUUAUGGAGCUGACGUGAUAAAAUAUUCAUAGAUCAGAAAAAGAUGAAGUGCUUUUGAUUUAAAAUUGUUAUGGGCAGGAAAAUAAAAAUGAAGUUUUGUGCAUUUCAUCUGUAGGCCUUUUACUGUGUAGGAAUUAAUAUAUUUAAUACAGGCUGUUUUCAUCCCAGUGAGGUAGAGCAUGCAUAAAGCUUUAUGCAGGGUUGUUUUUUUUAAAACCAAAGUUUGUACAUUUCACAUAAUCUAAAAUCCUGAGGAAAACAGUUAGAAUACAGUUGUUGAUGACAGUGAUAUUAAAGACAUCAAAAAAGCCUGCAUCAGCGCUUAAUUGCUAAUGCACUUAUACUAAGUAAGGCAUGCUGUUUGUGUUUAUGGCCCUGUGGUCUCCAUUAUUGCUUUGAUUUGUGUAUCUCUUAUAAAGGAUUCCAGGAACAUUAGGUACAGGUGUGUGGUACAUAACUGAACCUUUCUUGUUCAUUUUAUCAUGGAUGUAUUUUAAACUUGUAUAGGUAUAAGCAUGAAGGAGUCAUGCAUAUGUAUAGAUAAUGUAUCUGACCAGUGUAAAACUAGUUCUGUUGAUGUAUUUGAAAUGUAAGUACAUUUUGUGCCACUAACACUGUGAUGUAUAAAAGAACUGUUGAAUGACUUUUAAUGUUGUGUUUUGUACUUUGAAUCAUAUUGAAGAGUUUAAUUUGUAAUUUCAAUAGAUAUUUUAAAUGAA